GGCAUGACACUUGACAUAUCUGAAGAGUCUCCAGAAACACAUAACACCAUGUGAAUUCUUUACAUCCAAGCAUCUUGACAUGUGUUGAUAUUAAAUUUUGUCAGGUGAGUAAGAUGUUAGAAUUCCCCAGUACCAAGGCUAUACUCUGGGACCGCACCCCUACUGGCUCUCCAGCACAACUUCACCUGGCCUAUUACAGGAACCCUCGCUUGAGGGUGUCAGGCAAGGUGCUGAGGCUGGUGUUACGUCACCUGGACAACUGUAGAGACUCUUCCUUCUCCUGUCUACUUCUCGGCUCAUUCACCAUUGAUGAAGAUGGUCAAGGCCUGAGUCUUGUACUAGACAGGUUUGACAGGGGACAUAACUCUGGUGAGAAUGGCCUGUGUCCUAGCACUGAAACACCUGGAGAUGUUUUGGUUCCCUUUCAGGCAUUUAAAUCAAGAGCCAAAGUGAAGAAUUUGAAAGAUCAUUAUACAAGUGCUUUAAAGUGUCUUCAUCACAGAUGUAGCAGUAAAGAUACGGUAGAUUUGGGUGGGUUUCUCCUCACCAGAGGGAGCUGCAGUAGUCAGAUGGUCCAUGAUGUGGUCACAUGUGAUGUGGAGUUUGAUGUGGUGUGUCCAUCUACUCACUUCUUGGUCACACAGAUUAACCCUGUUCCCAUAGUCCCAACGGCACUGUCCAAGAACCUGGCAGGCCCUAUGAGUCUGCAUCAUUUACAAGGGGAGCCGAAAACAGGAUACCUCACAAUGGAUCAUACCAGGAAGCUGCUAUUAGUGCUAGAGUCUGAUCCCAAAGCUUAUGGUUUACCAUUAGUUGGAAUAUGGAUCAUUGGUGUGCCCUUCAUUUAUAGCCCUUACGUAUGGGCAUGCUGUCAACGCUUCAUCUUCAAUCAGGCUAUACAAGACAGAGUAUGUGAGCCUCCUGAGCCAUUCCUGUUAGUGUUGUACAGCCCUCUACACUCCAGGCCUGAGUUCUAUGAGUGCACCACAAGGACCGGUAAAACUGAGCUGGAUUACUCCCUGUACUCUGCCUGUGAUAGGCUCCAGCUUCCCGCUUUUGGAUACAAUGGAGAAGUGAAGUUUACAGAAUUUGACACGUCACAAGUUACUAAUGGACCUAAGAUAGACCCAUUUACUGCUGCACAAGAGGCUGUCAAACAAGAGCUGUCAAGGAAAGCUGAAAAAGACGCACCUACAAGUGAAAAUGCAUUUGUGUUAUCUAUGGAAGAUAUUACCCCCAGGGCAAUGCCCUCCCCACACCCCACACAGAUGCCCAUUAUUGACACCAUGGUUCCAGAAGUGUCGUUGAUGUUUCAUGACAGUGACAAGAGUUGGGUGAACAGGGCGAGGCCUGGUUUGGCUGGCCCCAAUGACCAGGGACCUCCACACAGUCUUCCUGUGGACACUACAGCAGCUGGGAGCAGGAGAGCAGGCAUGUCACGUUGUGGAAGUAUGCCUAACCUCCACAACCCUCGCCCUAACUUUGCAAUUACAGAUGCUCAGCUGUGUUAUACUGACAGAUUUACUAAACCUCAUCCAAGAGGAGCAACACCCAGUGGGCAAGGGAGGGGUGUAUUACAGCCAGGGUCAGGGCGACGGCUUCCUCUGCCCCCACGCCCUGCCCAUUUUGCCCAGGCGUAUAACCCUAGGUCUUACGGCCCUACUCAACGGCCACAGCAUUGCCCGGUGACAAAUAACUCUAGUGUUGGAUACCUGAGGGCUGCUCAGCCAGGACACCACUCCUCAGCAGAACAUCAUCAAAGUCAUACCCAUGCUCCACCAGUCACUUCUGUACCUUCUGUAGUCAGACAACCUAUACUGAGGCAGUGUAGACCUUGGUCAGCCAGAUCUUACACCAUAGGACCCCUGACUGUUCCCCAUCACCCAGCUCCCCAGUCGUGGGACCAGCCCAACCCUACCCAUCCCCAGGGCGUUUCCUAUAGGCCUGUAGUACAGUCAGCUCAACCUACCGCUCAGGCGUACAGACAGAAUUGUCAUCAAGCCGCUCACCCUACCUUCUACCCCCAACAACCCAGCUACCCUCCACACCCCUCGCAUGUCCCAGCACAGCCAGUACAGAUGCGCCCAGCUAGAGCUGUGCACUUCCAGCCUGCCCAGCAGUAUGAGAAUUACAAUGUAUCACCAGCCCCUACCCCCCAGCUGUACUGCCCUCGGUUGUCUAUACCCACCCACCCAGCUCAGGUACAGAGUACACCAGGCUCAGCUCAGCAGUAUGAGAACUACACCUCCCAGCCCAAUCGCCUUCAGUUACCUGGACCCCACCCGACUCAAGUACAAAGUACACACAGCACAGUACCCCUGCAGGUGAGCAGUGGUACGACAUGCCCAGGGGCUGGCAGUGCUGUACAACAGAGUAAUGUGGGCUACCCAGUUAGCUCAGUAAAUGCCACUGCUCGUCAUCUGGAUAGAACAGUACAAGAUGGAACUGCAGUGCAUCAAAGCAAUAGGACAGUUCAUUAUAGCACAGCAGGCCUUCCUGGAAAUAGUGGCCAUAGAGUACAGCCCGGUAACACUGUUGAUUCUGGCAGCACAGUACACAACCAGGGCAAUUCCAGUAUUCCACAGCUGGUAUAUGUACAUCAGGCACCUGUGAGCAGUAACACUGUAGCAGCACCGUCGUUGGUGACGCCCAGUGCCCCAGGUCCCAGUCUCCAUGUGACUGACCAGGCCAAUCUGACGGACAACAGUUGUCGGUCAAGCCAGGACAGUGGUCUUAGUGUCACCCCGGAUCGCCCCACCAGUAAGGGCGAGUCCACCAGCCCUAAAUCCACCCUCGCAGCCAACCCUACAGCUCUGACGCUGUCCAGCCUGACAAACAGCCCUAGUUUUAACAGCGUCCCUGCUGAGGUCUACCAGCUGUUGUUACAGCAAGACUCACAGCUCAAACUGAUGCAAGCUCAGAUACAGGAGCUGCUUAAGGGCCAGUCUCCCAAGUCCUCUUCUGCAUCACCCAAGUCAUCAUCUCAGAGCUGUUCAGUGGCCAUUAACACCAGCCUGUGUGAGUCAAGAGGCAAUGAGGCAGUCCUCACAGAGCACGAAUCUACAGGUAUACAGACCAGCCUGCUGAACAGAGUUAUGUCCCCUGUCAAACAAGCCACUGAUACACCACCAUCAAAAAGUGGAGCCACAACACCAGCAGAGGUGCGACAUCGGGGUCCUCCGCAGCUGAACAGCACAGCAAGGUUUGACUCGGGCGAUGUCCUGAUGUCAGCUGACCUGACCACUAUGAUGAACAACGUUGGCCUGGAGAAAACAGACGACAGCAUCCAGUCUGACAUGAUUGUAGACCUGCCCAGCUAUCACUCAUCUCCCACCAGGUCGCGGGAAUCUAGGGCUGACCUUUCAGAAAGUCCGAUCAGUGCCAGUAUGGUGGACGGCACAGGAGAGCAGAUUGAGGCUGGUGAACCAGUAGAAGAGCGGUCCGAACAGGAACAGCAGGAGUAUUAUAACCAGCUCAUGGUAAACAUUCAGAAGCUGUUACAGCAGAACAGUGGUGAGGAGGAAGAGGAUACCCUACAGCCAGAUGAGGAAUGUGAGGAUUACCAUAAGGAUCAGGGACACUCCUCAUUCAGCAUACAGGAGGACUCGGGUUCUCACAGCCUCAGUCAGACUGCUCCGCCCUCACCGACCAAGCUCCUGGGUAUCACACAGGAUGCGGACAAACUCAACUCCUUACUCAGGUUUGGGGCUUCUGUGGGUACUUUGGACACGACAUUCAUUCCCAAGAUAAACUAUGUGUCCAUGUUCCUGGAUUCUGAUAGCGACUCCUCCAUGGAGAUCAAUGCCAUGGCUAUGAAGUACCUGAAAGACGAACAGCUGACCCAGAUGGCCAAGCUGCGGGCAGCCGCAUGUGUGAACGGUGCAAAGAAUGGAAGAAAGACAGCCUUACUCCAGCAGGUGCUUCAGACAGGUGCCAAGACGACACCUAAUGUUACCCAGUAUGGCAUGUCACCCAAUGACAUGACAUUUGCCACCAAAAAGUACAUGCAGAAGUAUGGGCUUUUGAGUGGGUCACAGUGUGAGAGCAGCAAACCUUCCCCUGCCCCCUCCCCAUCAGGUUCGCUGCGGCAGGGACAAGGUCAGGGCAGCUGUAAGAGGCCAAAGUCUGCCCAGGUGAUGAGGACAAACUCUCCCUGUGUGCUCAGCCCAAGUCCUUCAUGUCAGGCCCCACCAAACAGUCAACAGAGUGAGCUUUACGAGAGCUAUAUUAAUGUGAUCAGUUGCUCUGUGAGGAAGAACUCGUACAGAGAAACAGCCAAUCAGACCCUAGGCUCUCCAGACAAACUGCUAGAGUACAGAAUGCAAGAAAGCCUUGUACAAAGGACACCUGUGCCAUCUUCCAAACGAACUACUGCUUCCACUGCUCGUAAACAGGUGCCCCCUCAGGUGCCAGAGUCUCCCAGGGAUCCACAGGGGAAGACUCAGAGACAGAACAGUGCUGCUGGAGAACUUGACCCAGAACUAGCUGGCAAAAGUCAGCUAGAAAUAGAUACUAUACUUGAUGUACGCCGAUUAAAACAGUUACCUAAACUUCUGUGACCCAGGCCUUAUACAUAGAAUGUCAGCUCAUCUCUUCCACUCCCUUGUGCACACAUGAUCCAAACUCAAUAGAAAAACUAUUUAAGUCAAAAGAAUGUAUUUUAUCCUUAUUUAUUAAUUAACUUUAUUUAUUGUAGACAAAACUUUUUUUUAUUUUAGAUUUCCUGUCUUCUUGAUAUUGUAUUCUGAUGACAAAGAUCCUGAUUAUUACUUUGACAAGCUUAACUCACAUUGGAAAACGAGGUAAAGUCAGACAAAGACCCAUCACCCAGUGUCACAAAGCACUUUUAACGUUCUGAGCUUUCAACUACCAGGACGAUGUAAUGCCUACUGUAUUGGUUGGUGUGAUAUUUGAGUGAACGUAAUGUAAAGAGCGCUUCGUGAAAGCUGGCCCAUGUCCAUAUAGCGUAGGGACGUAUUUACCGGUAAAUAAAACUCGUCACCUGGAAUCUUGCUGUCAGAAUUAGAGGAGUCAUUUGACUAUGAAAACUGAUUACAACAAACAUAUCAGUGGUAAUGAGUUGUUCUUCUCUUGGUCAAAGCCAAUGCCAAAACUAAGUGUGAGUGAUAGAAGUUAAAAGUGAUACUGCAACGAGUCACAGGGCUCUAAUCUUGUUAGUUCUUUAUUAAUCCUGAAAUGUCUUAUUGGCCAGAAAAGACAUGUACAUAUCUGAAAUAAAAAUACAGACAAAUCCCUUGACAUCCCACAUGUUCAAGUCUUCAGUACAUUCCCAUGAAGUGAGUGUGGACAAUUUUACAGGCAGCAUUUAUACCUUACACUUAGUCCAAAUGUGGCAGAUGGUAUGGUAGCAAUAGAUAGUCAUAGAUAUCUGUGGCAUUUUUUAUAUAGAAAGAUUCAUUCAUGGUUUGUUUUAUCUUAGAAAGGCAUUUUGUAGUGAAAGUUUAGCUUUUCGACAUACGAAUCAUGAAUGUCUAUCUGCAUACAUGCACCUUCCCCAUGUCUGAGUUAAAAUGUACACAGGUGUAUUAACCUGAUCAGUAGAAACAUAAUCUAUUUAUUUUCCUCAUUUCAACACCAUUAAAUUGAAACUAUGUUCUGUAUUUAUCAUUAAAAAAACUGUUUUUGUUACCAUAUUGCAGUCAAAUAACAUCAAAAGCAAAGCCCUCCUCUGGUAAGAUGUGUAAAUCACCAGUGACAUGUAAAUCACCAGUAAGAUGUCUUCAUCAAUUGUAAAAUGUCUAAAUCAGUGGUCAUUCGAUAAGGACCUGAACUUUUCUCAUUUGCAUCUUGGUCAUGCAUAUAUAAGACAAAACUCAGGACAUUUGCCAUAUUAAAGCAGAAAAGGUGUGUUGAUUCUGAGUUAACAUUAAUGUAAGGUACACAUAUGAUUGAUAUUAAUUGUGCUUUGGUGAAUUUUGUCCAAAAAGCUCCAAGAUCAAAGGUAGAAAGUUUGAAGUAUAAUACCUGAGAGGGUUAUCACUUAUAGUUGUUAACGGAAUUUUGAAUCCAGUUCAAAAGGUGCAUUUACAAAGACCAACAUGAGAGGUACUUCUUGUCAUCAUUAAUAAUGAGCAUUUACUUUUAAAGGAUGUAAAUUAUGUAGAUAAACCCAGAAUGUAUGUACAUGUAGAAAAAUGAUCACUGUACAGCAGUAUCUUCAUAGAAACAUGCAUUGUUUAUCUGAAGAUGGUACAUAUAUUUAGAAAAAUUGUAAUUGUCCAACAUUUAAU